AUGGAGAACCGCAGCCUCGCGAACCACGUUGCGCGCCUCAUGGAGCUCUUGCCGCGCGAUGGGACAACUGUGGAUUUGAUGCCGCUAUUCGGACGCCUGAGCUUGGACACGGCGAGCGAGUUCAUAUUCAGCAAGUCCCUGGGUGCGUUGAUCUCGCCAGACGCCCACAAGGACUUCAUGGAUACGUUUUUCUACGCCUAA